AUGGAUAGUGACGAUGAAUCAGACCAACAGGAUUUCAGGAACAAUACAGGACCUCUGAUUGAAAUUAAAGGCAGAAAGGUUACAGUUAAUGGUGCUGGAGCCACUUUGGAUGGAGAAGGUCCAAAAUACUGGGAUGGAAAGGGCGACAAUGGAACUGUAAAACCCAAAUUCUUCAGAAUAAAAACCACUGGUGGAUCGACUUUCAAAAACAUCAAACUUUUGAAUUGUCCCAAGCAAUGUGUCUCCAUCAACACUGCAAGCGACACAGUCUUGGACAAUUUCAACAUUGAUGUUUCUGCCGGAGACAAAGGCGCUUUGGGUCACAACAGUGGUUUCGACGUAUCCAGCUCUUCAGGCAUCACGGUCCAAAACAGUAUAGUCAAGAACCAAGACGAUUGCGUGGCCGUUAAUCAAGGAAGCAACUUCAUUUUCCGCAACUUGACUUGCUCUGGUGGUCACGGAUUGAGUUUGUCCGUCGGUCAAAGUUCAGCAAGCGGUUCCCCGAACACCGUUACAAAUGUAGUGUUUUCUGACUGUACCGUAAUGAACUCAGAUAAUGGUAUCCAUGUCAAGACCCACUCAGAUGCUGGUACCGGUUCUGUGUCCGCCGUCACUUACAAAAAUAUCAAAUUGUCUGGCAUCAGGAAGUAUGGCAUCAACAUACAAGAGGACUACGAAAAAGGUCAUUCCUCUGGAACACCGAAAGGCAACAUUCCAAUCAGCAAAUUGACCAUGAGCUCCAUUACUGGUUCUAUGACUGGCGCUAAGGGUAUUAGUGUUUGCGUACUUUGUGGAAGUGGAGGAUGCAGUACCUGGUCUUGGUCUGGUGUUUCCAUUAAAAAUGAUAGCGGAAAGAAAAACAGUUGUAACUUCCAACCUACUGGAUUUUCUUGUUAGAUGAAUAAAUAUGAUCUGAUUAUUUUAUUGAAUAUUGUAGUACAUCAUUUU